GAAUAAGGCGUUUGGGAUUCGGACACAGCCGCGCACUUUCACGUUGCUCACAGCAGCGCGCUGGUGAACAGUUUUAGAGAUUUGACGUGCUGUUGCGGAGGUGAACAUGGCCGACGUGUCUGAGAGGACGUUACAGGUUGCCAUACUGGUCUCGUUUGCCACGGGCUUCCUCGCAGGCUGGCAGGCCAACAGGAUGAGGAGGAGGUUUCUGGACUGGAGGAAAAAACGGCUGCAGGACAAACUGGCGGAGACGCAAAAGAAGCUGGACUUGGCGUGACCGAAGGAUCUGACACCACAGGCCUGGCCUCCUGAAAUUGACAGUGUUCUUGCCCUGCUGCGGCCUCUGACCCUGGCUAAGAAGUCACCUUCAGAUACGGCCACCUCCUGUUCCCUCCUGAGAAGUUUGAACACUAUACAGACGCUGGAGUGAUGCACUGCAAUGCAAUUCUCAAAAAACUAAACUUUUUUUAUUUGAGGAUGAAUGUUUUAUGUAGAUUUUUUUUGUAACAGGCGAUCUGUUUUAAGCCAUACUUUUUAUGUCAUCUGCUUGUACCAUCAUGGAAUAAAAGAAGCUAUUUUGUUUAUUAAAAA